CCUAUCUUCCGCGCAGCCUGCAGAGCCAGCCCCAGGAGUGCAGACAGCGCUGAGAGGAACAAGCUCUGGUCUAUCUCCAACCACAGCUCCCGGGCCCAUGGCGUCCCUCUUCCCCACCACAGCUUGGGGGCAGCUUUCCAGCAAUGCCACCUCACCCGUGGCCAACAACAGCACCGUGCCCACCUCCAAAGUCCUCGACCAGCUCUCGGUGGCCAUCUUCGUGGUCUCUUGCCUGCUGGGCAUGGUAGGGAAUGGCCUGGUGGUCUGGGUCACCAGCUUCCGCAUGCGCCGGACGGUCAACUCGAUCUGGUUCCUGAGCCUGGCGCUAGCCGAUCUCCUCUACUCCCUGCUGCUGCCCUUCUACGCCGCCAAGACCGCCGCGGGCCAUCACUGGGCCUUUGGCAACUUCCUCUGCAAAGCUGUUGGCGCCCUUCUCUUCCUCAGCAUGUUCGCCAGCGUCUUCCAGCUGACACUCAUCUCGACCGAUCGCUGUCUGCUGGUGGCCCGGCCCGUCUGGGCCCAGCGGUUCCGCACGCCGCGCUGGGCCUGGGGGGCGGCCGGCGUGGCCUGGGUGCUGGCCGGGGCUUUCUCGGCCCCCUACCUGGUCUUCCGGCAGGUGCAGUGCCAGGGCGAGCGCUGCUUUUGCAUCAACAAUUUCGGGGACGUGGCGACAAGGGUGGCACGGCAGCAGGCCCUGAUCGUGGUGCGGUUCGUGGCCGGCUUCAUGGCACCGCUGCUGGUCAUCACAGCCUGCCACGUGGUCGUGAUGCUGCGGGCCGGGCACCGGGGCCGCCGGCCCAACCGUACGGCCAAGGUGGUGGCUGCCGUGGUGUUGAGUUUCUUCCUCUGCUGGCUGCCCUACCACAUCUUCAACUUCCUGCACGGCUGGGCAGGCAAAAGUGCAGCCAUCAAGGUGGGCUCCUCCCUGGCCUUCAGCCUCACCUGUCUGAGCUGCUUCCUCAACCCCCUGCUCUACGCCUUCCUGGGCCGCCGCUUCCAGGAGGGGCUGCGGGGUAGCAGCCGUGCCCGCUGGCUGGAGGCCGCCAUGGCUGAGGACUCACUGGGCUCAGGCAGCGGACACCGGCGCAACCGCUCGCGGGGCUCCGCCACCUCCUCUGAGCUGCGGAUGAUGCAGUCUUGGUCACACUUGGCUCCUAAGCAAGACCUGCCCUGCGUCUCCACCUGCUCCUCCCGGACACCUGGGUUCUCUGCUGCCGGCCCUGCCCCGACCCCACAGCCCCCAAGCUGGCAGCAACAGGCAGUGUCCCCCCCUCCCCAGCCUAGUUCUUCCUUUUUCACACAUCACACCCCCAGCACAUCUGCUCUGGCCGGGGCCCAACCCCGGGGGGGGAGGGCGGGGCGAGGUGACCGUCUGGCGGCCGCUGGGUUCCUGGAAAAUAAACUCAGAGCCAGCGACAAGCGGAUGGGGCCGGCGGGCGCUGCCUCUGCAGGUCCCAUCAUGGAGGCCAAUGUCUCCUCCGGUCUCUGGCUCACCAGCCCUGGUUCUUCUCCUGCCAAGGCCAAGCCUGACCUGAACGCCAUCAUGGACCUAGUCCAGGUCAUCUUCUACACUGUGGUCUGUGUGGGGGGCUCGCUGGGCAACGGGCUGGUGAUCUGGCUCACGGCUCGCCGGACCGGCCACUCCGUCAACUGCAUCUGGUUCCUCAACCUGGCGGUGGCCGACUUCAUCUUCUCGGUCAGCCGGGUGGUGCCCCUGGUGAAGAACGCCUUCUACCGCGGGCACUGGCCCUUCGGUGCCUUCCUCUGCCAGGCCACCAGCUUCAUCAAGUACCUCAACAUGUUCUGCAGUGUCUUCCUUUUGGCAGCCGUCAGCCUGGACCGCCUGGCGGCCGUGGCCUUCCCGGUGUGGUCCAAGAACCGCCGGGGCCCCCGCCUGGCGUGGGCAGCCGCUGCCGGAGCAUGGGGGGCAGCCGCCGCAGCCAGCCUGCCCUUCUACCUGUACCGCAACCUGGUGCCAGAGGGGAGAACCAACAGCCUCAGGUGCUCCUUGACGCUGGGAGAAGGGCCCAAGCUGACGCUCUAUCUGCUCCGGCUGCUCUGUGGCUUCCUGGCCCCCUUCGCCAUCAUCCUGGCCUGCUAUGGGGCCUUAGCAGCUGUGCUGAGGCGGCGCCCGGCCACUGUCCGCUCCAGGAAGCCCUUCAAGGUCAUGGCGGCCAUUGUGGUGACCUUCUUCCUCUGCUGGGCCCCCUACCACCUCUUCCUCCUCCUCAAGCUGGCGGGCGUCAAGGGCCAGGCCAUGGCCGUGGGGCUGCCGCUCGCCUCCUUCCUGGCCUAUCUCAACAGCUGCGCCAACCCCGUCCUUUACUUCUUCAUGGGACUGGAGUUCCGCCGGGUGCUGGGACGGACCACCUUCGCUGGGGCUUUCCGCCGGGCCCUGCUGGAGGACACGGCCUACUCAGCCAGGUCCCACAGCCGCAGGAAGGAGGCAGCUUCCUCCAUUGAUGGGCUGGCCCAGAGCUCGGUGUCCCCCAACCUGGCCUGAGAGACCCCGAGGGAGCGGGGCCUGUGGGGCCGAGGGAGACAGGGACUGCGUGAGGUGGGUGCCUGGCACAGACGGCAGUGGCGAAGAGAGCAGUGCAGAGACAGAUGCCAAAGGAGCUCUUAGCCAUCUCACUGCAAACACCAGUGUGCCUCUUCCUGGCCUGAGACCUGCGGACAUCCCCAGAACGGG